AGCCGAAACCUCGCGAUACUUGGUUUCUUUGUGUGGGUCCGGCUCGCUGUGUUCGGGUAGCAGCAGAUAUAGACGUGAAAACCGCACGUUUGAGAUAAAUCUACCCAAAAGACAUAAUUGGAUUCCCACCAAGAUCACCCGUAACUCCCAGAUCAGCCGCGCAGAACCAGACACAUUAACCCACCUGACAGUCUCCAUGGCAGCUAGACGAGGAGCCAUCAGGUAUCUGAAGGUGUGUGAGGUACAGACGUCUCAGGGUGAUGGUCAGCUCGCCUCCAAAGGAGCUGCUAAGGAACUGUACGAUAACGGCUAUAGCGACCAGAUGGUGGAGGACGAAGACACCCGUACCAAUCUGAUCGUCAACUACCUGCCGCAGAGCAUGAGUCAGGACGAGCUGCGCAGCUUGUUCAGCAGCGUGGGAGAUGUCGAGUCCGCCAAACUCAUCCGGGACAAAGUGGCAGCUGGCGGACUAUCUGAUGCCAGGAGCAGUAGCAGUCAGCAUGAGCAUCAUCUUCAGCCUCCAGACCAACUCGGCCACAGUUUAGGUUACGGCUUUGUUAACUUUGUUAACCCUAAUGAUGCAGAGAGGGCUAUCAGUACCCUCAAUGGCCUGAGGCUACAGUCUAAAACUAUCAAGGUUUCAUACGCCCGGCCCAGUUCGGACAUGAUCAAAGAUGCUAACUUGUAUAUCAGUGGUUUGCCGAGGACGCUGACCCAGCCGGACCUGGAGGACAUGUUCGCUUCGUUCGGGCGUAUCAUCAACUCCAGAGUUCUGGUGGACCAGGCAUCAGGUAACGACCAGGCAUCAGGUCUGUCUCGGGGUGUGGCCUUCAUCCGCUUUGAUAAGAGGUCUGAAGCAGAGGACGCCAUCAAACAUCUUAAUGGUCACACGCCUCCCGGCAGCUCUGAGCCAAUCACAGUCAAGUUUGCCGUCAACCCCAAUCAGUCCAGGAACCAGAUACAGUCACAAAUGUACCACGGCCAAUCGCGGCGCUUCGGAGGCCCAGUCCACCACCAGGCGCAGAGGUUCAGGUUUUCUCCCAUGAGCACCGACCACAUGAGUGGCGGGGGCGGAGCCUCUGGCAGCUCGUCCUCCGGCUGGUGCAUCUUCAUCUACAACCUGGGCCAGGACGCAGACGAGGCUCUGCUGUGGCAGAUGUUCGGGCCGUUCGGCGCCGUCGUCAACGUGAAGGUGAUCCGAGACUUCAGCACCAACAAGUGCAAAGGCUUCGGCUUCGUCACCAUGACAAAUUACGAGGAGGCUGCCAUGGCCAUCCACAGCCUGAACGGGUACCGGAUGGGGGACAAGGUCCUGCAGGUGUCCUUCAAGACCAGCAAGGGACACAACUUCCACGUGGUGUAACUGACAGCUGUGAUUGACAGCUGACUGGAGCUGAUCCUGGUCCAGAUGGUUGGGCGGAGGGGAGGAUAAAUUCUUUCAUGUUCAGUUUGUGUUUUUUUAGGAAACAGCGGUGAGACGUUUGUCCAGUUACAGGUUUUUAUGUGACGCUCUUGAGUUUGUUUUCCUGCGGAUUUUCCCAGCUGGAAGCCUCAAAACUCCUCAAAACAUCUGUACUGAUCAAUAAAAUCAUCAUAGGUUCAUCAGUCAUGUGACAUACGUGUGAAGAAGCAUCUUUUAUAGACGGUUUUAUUUGUUUAACGUGAACAAGAAAAAUGAAAUAAGCAGCAUAAAAAUGUUGAUUACAAUAUCAAGAAUUUUAGAAGAUGAAAAAAACUUCAAACAUGUUUAUUAAAAGCAUUUUAAAAACCA